AACCCUAUGCACCAUACCCGGAUGAAUUGAGAUUGUUAAAAUGCGGAUCAUGUUCAAGGAAAGAAAAAGUAACCAACAGGCAACAGCCAUUGAUCAAUGCGACGAUAAAUUCCCCUCUCCUCUCUUCUUCCAGUUCCAUUUACCACCCAGAUGACAGAGGCUACUUCUUCAGCCACGCAACACAACGACAACGACGGGGAAUCCAACCCGUACCCGGCCCACUGGGGUCCGACGGCCUGGACCCUGCUCGCCGAUCUCCGGCAGCGCUGCCCUCUGGUCCAGUGCCUCACCAAUUUCGUCUCCAUGGACAUGGCCGCCAACACCCUCAUCGCCGCCGGCGCGUCCCCGGCAAUGAUCCACUCGCUGGGAGAGAUCCCUGACUUCACCCCUCAGACCCACGCGCUCUGCGUCAAUGUGGGCACACUCUCCCCCUCCUGGGUUCCUGCCAUGAAAGCCGCUGCAGAGCUGAUGAUUAAGUUGGGGAAGCCUUGGGUUCUUGACCCAGUUUCCGCUGGCGCUUCUGGGUUCCGUUUGAAUACUUGUUUGGCACUCGUCGGGUUGAAGCCUACCGUAAUUCGAGGGAAUGGGUCUGAGAUCAUUGCUCUGUCCAAGGCUUCUCUCGGUGCCUCCAAGGGUGUAGAGAGCGCCCAUGGGUCGUCCAUGGAUGCACUAGAAGCAGCCAAAUCCUUAGCUAAGUCGAGCGGAUCCGUAGUUGCAGUGUCAGGAGCUGUUGAUAUUGUCACUGAUGGCAAUCGAGUUGUUGGUGUUCAUAACGGAGUUCCCAUGAUGCAGAAGAUCGCAGCAACUGGGUGUGCAGUCACGGCACUCAUAGCUGCCUUUGUUGCUCUCGACCCAUCACAUCCUCUGGAAGCAACAGCCUCUGCCCUCUCUGUAUUCGGCAUUGCAGGUGAGCUCGGAAUGGUUCUGGCGAAAGGUCCUGCUUCGCUGCGGGUGCACUUGAUCGAUUCCUUGACCGCACUUGAUGAAGCUGCUUUGCUAUCUCGAGUAAGGAUCGCCGAUAUGUAAGGCUGCAAGCGCAAGCUCGUAAUAUCUCGGUAAUGUGUCUGUGACUAAUGGCGUACAGAGUUUGCAUAGAUUAGUCUUGGCAUGAAUCAGCAUCAUCUAUGAGAUGUAUGAAUAAAGGAGCUGUCAGUUCAUUUCCAACCGCAUUUUCAUUUCACUGCAUCGCAUACUUCUUUUUAAAAGUAGAAAAGUUCAUUCCUUUGUAGCUCACACCAUAGAUAAUCACAACCAUUUUACAAUGUAGAUCAAACAAACUGAAACAUCAUCAAUCCAUUCAAGACAAAGUUAGGAAGAAAAACAAAGCAAGAUCCUUUUUUGUUGUUUGUUUUGUUGGUUUAGUACUUCAGAUGAACGGUGACCCUGAGCAAUGUCUCAGCACCAUCUGUGACAUGCUGUCCAGAAGGGAUGAGCCCUCUCACAUUGGCACUCCCGAUGGCAUGCUUGAACUUUCCGGUUCCUCCUGUGACCGACAAGUACGACAUGGGGCUGCCGAUCUUGUACACUCCAUAGAAGUUGAUGCUAUCACCAAACUCCCCACCUUCGAACAUGGCGGUGAAUGACAUCAUCUGGGUGCUGCCAUCUGCAGAACUCGCCACAUAAACACCUUGAGCUUUGCCAAGCUGCUGUGACCCGAAGUCAGGGGUGGAAGUCAGGAUAUCAUCAAUGACGGUGAUGGUCCCGAACCCGAGCCCCAACCCAUCCGGUCCCAGCUGGGUCUGAAUCUGAUUAACAUUGUUCUGGUUCUGACCAUUUGCUUGGCCUCCAGCAUAACGGGUUCCAGCCAAGCCCGUCCCCAGAGGGAUGCCGUUGAUAUUGACAGUAGGGAGGGCGCCAUUGGCGUUUGGGAUAGCUACUCCGCCUUUGGGAGGAACGAACCCAACUGGCCUGGCGAAAGGCACCUGACCACUGUAGAUGUUCCCUAGCAAACCGGUGAUCGGCCUGGCUGUGGGGCUGCUUCCGCCGAGAAUGUCGUGCAUGUAGAACUCCAGAAUGGGGUCUUCAGCAGCAGGUUGUGCUGGUAUUGGCUCCGCGGCAGUCGCAGGAGCUGCCAUGUAUGUUGCAGCAAAUAUGAGGGAAAUGAAAACAGAGGAUAGCAUUGAGGUGAUUGGGGACAUUGUUUUUGUGUAGAUUGAGGGUUUGGGAAAGCUUUUCUUGUUAAAAUUAAGGAGCUCUAGAUGGUUUAGUGAGAAUGGCAAAGCUGGAACGAUGGCUCUUUGUAAGCCAUCGAUUAUUGGAGUAGUUGAUUAUGAGAGUGAAGUUGGUGGAAUUAAUGCAAAAUUUGUUGGAAAAGGAAGGGUUUUCAAGCCUUAGUGAGUUGUGAUUUUCCAUUAUAAGGACAUUUGAGAUAACUAGUUGUAGUAAUGCGAGUGAAGUUGUUUGGAUUUGGAAAUGGUUUAGUUGCG